AUGGCCGAGGAACACCAGGUCGCUCAGAUUGACGAUCAGAUCGGAAAGGGUGAGACGGGACAGCUCCCCCGUGGAGUCCCGUCGGGAGGCAGGAAACUCCAGAUCGCAAUCGCCGCCGUGACACUCAGCGGCAAGCUCGCAUCCAUCGCCACAAAUAUCCUCACUCUCCCGUACUACCGCUUCUACCAGCAAAACACCCUCCUCCCCAUCCUAUCCAUCGCCAAGAGCGUCGAAGAAUGCGAAAGCGAUGAGGACAUCUCAGCCGAACUCCAGCGAUGGCGCGAUCGCAAGCUGAGCGAGUUCCAGCUCGUCCAGGUUGCUAGUACUCUCGUCUCGGCCGCCGUCAUCGGCACCUUCUCCUGGCCGGCCCCCGACGACCUCCACUGGCUCAGCCCGGCCUUCUGGUACGCCAGCAUCUCCCUCUCGCUCUUCUCCAUCCUCCUCGCCUCGUCGGAGCAGUUCAUCUUCCAGACGAUCGACCGGUCACCGAAAGAGCGCAACAUCGACAAGGAACUCGCCAUGAUCCUCUACAUCCGCCGCAGCAGGAGCGUCGACCCGGUGCACUCGCCUCUCGAGGAGGUCCCGCCGAUCCCCCAGAUCCGCGCCAUCAAGCUUGCGGAGGAGGGCGGCUGGUUCCCCAAGGAGAUGCCGCUCGUCGAGGUCCGGUGGAAUAUGAUCUUCACGUGGCAGGCGCCGAUGAUGCUGAUGGCGUAUUCGGCGUUGUGCUUCCUGGCCGGGUUGACGGUGUAUGUGUGCACGCCGUUGUAUGUUGGUCAGGGAUGGAAUGAUCUCAGCAAGGCGGCGGUGUUUUACCUCACUAGUUUCUUCUUCUGUGGACUCACUUUCAUAUGGUGCGCGUAUUGGGCUUACAAGUUUGUCGACUUGGAGGACCCUUAA